AUGGCUCUGAGCUUCAGAACCACCCGCCACGCCACCAGACUGGCCAAGGCCUCCCGGCCGCUCUUCUCGGCCAGACACUAUGCGACCGCCGAACCUGACCUGAAGACCGCCCUGAAGGAGGCCAUUCCCGCUAAGCGCGAGCUCCUCCGGCAGAUUAAGGCCCAGGGCGACGAGGUCAUCGGUGAUGUCAAGGUCAGCAACGUGAUCGGCGGCAUGCGCGGCCUGAAGGCCAUGCUGUGGGAGGGUUCCGUUCUGGACGCCGACGAGGGCAUCCGCUUCCACGGCAAGACAAUCAAGGACUGCCAGAAGGAGCUGCCUAAGGGCACCUCCGGCACUGAGAUGCUUCCCGAGGCCAUGUUCUGGCUGCUCCUGACCGGUCAGGUCCCCUCGACGGCACAGGUGCGCGCCUUCUCGCGCGAGCUGGCCGAGAAGUCCACUUUGCCCCCGCACAUCCUGGACCUGAUCAAGUCCUUCCCCAAGACCAUGCACCCAAUGACUCAACUGUCGAUUGCCGUUGCUGCACUCAACACCGAGUCAAAGUUCGCUCAGGCCUACGAGAAGGGCCUGAACAAGGCCGAGUACUGGGAGCCCACUUUCGAUGACAGCAUUUCGCUGCUCGCGAAGAUUCCCCGUGUUGCAGCGCUGGUUUUCCGCUCCAACGAGAUUGAUGCUGUUGGUCACCAGCAGCUGGAUGUUACCCAGGAUUGGUCGUACAACUUUGCCGAGCUGCUCGGUAAGGGCGGCGAGAAGAACCAGGACUUCCACGAUCUGCUACGCUUGUAUCUGGCUUUGCACGGCGACCACGAGGGUGGCAACGUCUCUGCCCACGCUACCCACCUGGUUGGCAGCGCCCUCAGCGACCCCUUCCUGAGCUACAGUGCCGGUCUGCUGGGUCUGGCCGGCCCCCUGCACGGUCUCGCUGCCCAGGAGGUCCUCCGCUGGAUCCUCCAGAUGCAGGACAAGAUCGGUACGAAGUUCUCUGACGAGGACGUCCGCACUUACCUCUGGGAUACUCUCAAGUCCGGCCGUGUGGUCCCUGGCUACGGCCACGGUGUCCUGCGCAAGCCUGACCCUCGUUUCGAGGCCCUGAUGGACUUUGCCGCUACCCGCCCCGAUGUCCUCGCCAACCCCGUGUUUCAGCUGGUCAAGAAGAACUCCGAGAUUGCCCCUGGUGUUCUGACUGAGCACGGCAAGACCAAGAACCCUCACCCCAAUGUCGAUGCCGCCUCCGGUGUCCUCUUCUACCAUUACGGCUUCCAGCAGCCCCUGUACUACACCGUCACCUUCGGUGUCAGCCGGGCCCUUGGACCCCUAGUCCAGCUGAUCUGGGACCGCGCCUUGGGCAUGCCUAUUGAGCGCCCCAAGAGCAUCAACCUGCUGGGUCUGCUGAAGAAAUAA